GCGCCUCCACCACCACCCGAAGCGCCUACCCGCGAACCCAACCCCGCCGCCGCCGCCACCUGCAACCGAGGUUUCGCUAUGCCGCCGAAGCUCGACCCGACGCAGGUGGUGGAUGUAUUCGUCCGGGUGACCGGAGGCGAGGUGGGCGCGGCGUCGUCCCUUGCCCCCAAGAUCGGCCCGCUCGGUCUCUCCCCCAAGAAGAUCGGUGAGGACAUCGCCAAGGAGACCGCCAAGGACUGGAAGGGCCUCCGCGUCACCGUCAAGCUCACCGUCCAGAACCGUCAGGCGAAGGUGUCCGUCGUCCCCUCCGCCGCGGCUCUCGUCAUCAAGGCCCUCAAGGAGCCAGAGAGGGACAGGAAGAAGGUGAAGAACAUCAAGCACAACGGCAACAUCAGCCUUGACGACGUCAUCGAGAUCGCCAGGACCAUGAGGCCCAGGUCCAUGGCCAAGGAUAUGUCCGGGACUGUCAAGGAGAUCCUUGGGACCUGCGUCAGCGUUGGGUGCACCGUCGACGGGAAGGACCCUAAGGAUCUGCAGCAGGAGAUCACAGACGGCGAGGUCGAGAUCCCCUCUGCUUAAAGGCUUGAUAUUCAAGGACAUUACCAUCUGAUGCUACUGAGUGAUCCUUUGUUCCAAAUGCUGCUUAUGUACCUUACAAAACGAUGUGAUUCGACCUAUUUUUGUCAUGCUUUAGUGGUAAUCUUGUGAGACCUCAAUGUUACUAUUGCAAUUAGGUACCAUUUGGUCCUUUGGAAUGGAGUUUGAAGUACUUGCAUAA